AAAGGUGUCCAGGAAGGCUGGACACUUCUCAUGAGGGAAUUCUCAAAGGCACAGGAGCAGACCCAGCCAGCAUGUGUUCAUGAAAGGCAGGUCCUGCCCUUUGGUCACAGCAACCCCAGGCAUCACGAAAGGUUUUGGGGCAGAGUGGCUGGAAAGCCGAGCAGAGGAAACAAACCUGGGGGUUUUGGUCUGUAGCCAGCUGAACGUGAGCCAGCAGUGUGCCCAGGAGGACAAAAGGCCGGUGGCAUUCUGAAUGGACACCUGCCCUUGGGUGCUGGAGCAGAGGUGCUGAGAAACGGGUGAGCAUGUUGAGAGCACUGGAUGAUCACGGGUUCACUGUGAAUGGACCGUGGGGAUUGCGGAUCAAAAGGGGGAGCAUGGAGUGGGCAAGAGGGCCCUGGAACAAAUAGCGGGUGACGGUGAGAAGACUAUGGGCAGGCAGUGGCAUUUCUAUCAGGUGACCGUGUGGAGAUGGCAGGAGUAAUAUAAGGAGAACGCGGUGUGAGAAUUGGGAUGGUAAAGAGGUGACCACGGCGUGAGUAUGGUGAAACUAGGGGGUGACCACUGGAUGAGCAUGGCAAUGUCAUGGAGGGACCACGGGGCCAUCCGUGGGGCUCAGGCAGUGGGUGGAGCCCUGUGAGUGACACGGCUGUUCCCAGGCAGAGCAGCAGCACCGAGCAUUCCUCCAGACCUCAGAGCAGACAGACAGGCGGAUGCCACACGGGACAGUGCUAUCAUGCCACGGCUGAUCGGGGUACCCGCAACGGAGAUCUGCCUGGAGACGGGUGAUGCCGCCCAGCCCAGGCACUCACUGCUCCAGAGCAGCGGCGCUGGCUGCCGGCACCCUUCCUCCUCCUCCGGCAGCAGCCAUGGGGAGCGGCCGUGUCCUGGUGGCCGGGGCCGUGCUGGUGGCACUGGUGGCGCUGGGAGCACGGCUGGCCGCCGGCACGCGGCCCUCGGCAUUUUUCCAGUGGAGUGCUACAAUUGAGUGCCACUUCCUCAACGGCACCGAGCGGGUGAGGUUUCUGGUGAGGCACGUCUACAACCGGCAGCAGUACGUGCACUUCGACAGCGAUGUUGGUCUCUUUGUGGCCGAUACAGUCCUGGGAGAGCCUUCUGCUAACCUCUUCAACAGCCAGCCGGACGUGCUGGAGAAGAACAGGGCUGCAGUGGAAAUGCUCUGCAACUACAACUACGAGAUAGUGGCCCCUUUGACGCUGCAGAGGAGAGAGCCCAAGGUGAGGAUCUCUGCGCUGCAGUCGGGCUCCCUGCCCCAAACCGACCGGCUGGCUUGCUACGUGACGGGCUUCUACCCGCCGGAGAUCGAGGUGAAGUGGUUCCAGAACGGGCAGGAGGAGACAGAGCGCGUGGUGUCCACGGACGUGAUCCAGAACGGGGACUGGACGUACCAGGUGCUGGUGGUGCUGGAGACCAGCCCACGGCACGGGGACAGCUAUGUGUGCCAGGUGGAGCACACCAGCCUGCAGCAGCCCAUCACCCAGCGCUGGGAGCCCCCGGGGGAUGUGAGCAGGAGCAAGCUGCUGAUGGGCGUCGGGGGCUUUGUGCUGGGGCUCGUCUACCUUGCACUGGGGAUCUUCUUCUUCCUGUGCAGUAAGAAAGGUCAAUGAUGAAGAUGUUGAGCAAGAUUGGACCCAGAAACACUCCCUGGGAAACACUGCUACUUACAGGCCUCCAACCAGAAUCUGCACCAAUAAUCACAACCCUCUGAGCUCUGCCAGUCAGCCAGUUCACGGUCCACCUCACUGUUCUCUCACGCUUCCUAGGAAUUAUUAACUGGGAUCAUUCUCCUGGCUGGGUGGCCUAUAGAAGACCCUCACCUUAAACGUUGCCCCAUAAAUCUUACCUGGGGGCUCUCAGCCAUGUCAUUGGGAACAGCAAGCUUCAUGCAUCCCAGCCCACCAUUACAAACAGCAACGCCAUACCGUCUCACUGCCAAUCUGUCCUGGAGAGCCCAGAGCCAUCCAGUACACAUAGUGCGUGUCAUAGAACCCUUCCCACCACACCUUGCUUAUGCUAAUGAUGUUCUAGCUCCAAGACCAAGCCAAAAGCUUCCCCCUCCUCCUGCUUACACCUCACGCUGUGUGCAUUGCUAUAGAAACGUUUACAGGGUGCUCCAGUGUGCCCAACUCCAGGUGGAGCAGAUCCAAAUGCCUUAUGAGCACGCCAUGCCUCCAAAUUCGGAUGGACACCAAGACAAACAAACAAACAAACAGACAAAAAAAACCCAAUAAUGCCUAACAACCGUGCAGAUGGAGACCUGGAGAGCUGCUUGUUCACUGUUGAGCUCUGUCUGUGAGGCUGCACCAGCUCUGGGCUGUGCAGAGCUCGCGUGUUACACAGAGGGCAUACAUUUCUGCUGGGUGGAUACAACUGCUGGUUGAACUGGCUGAGUGACAAAGCCCUCCCUGCACACCCUCCCAUGCAAGUUUGCGUUAGGAAGGGAGAUGGGGCUGUGUGCCAAACUGGCCUUCCCCCAGAAGCAUGCAAGGACCUGGAGUCAGACCUUCUUGCACCUUUCCCUGUCCUUCUACCACGUUUUGUCUUUUAUUUUAGGAAAAUAGGGCCAGAGCAGAAGGAAAACAAAAGCUCCAGGACAACUCAGCUAGUUUACUCUCCUUCCUCACUUUUCCCCUUUCACAAUCCACAGAAAGGCCAUUAGCCACACAAGGGAAGAAAUGAUCAGGUGUGUGAGGAGCAGAGCAAACCAAGCUUAACUUCCAAGGCCGGUCUCUUCCACGUGACUGGUCUGAGGUCUAACACAAGGAUGAAGGGAAAGCUUGCAGGGAGGAUGUCCUCUUCUGCUCGCAGGUCAUUUUUAGUCAAUCUCCAAGAGACAUUUUACUAUUCUCCUGACCCUUGUACACGAUUCAUCAGUGGACCCUGACAUUACUGGCAGGAACACGUGCACACAGAACAUCCCUACGCAGCUGCACUUUGUUAAGAAACGCCUUCAAAAAGCUGCAUGCAGGAAGAGCAGAAGAGAAAACCGGGCGUGGGCAGAGGUCUUCUUCUAUUAACAGGAAAAGAGACCAAGAACGUCCCGGAUGUAAGUCCCUUUUCCAGAGAGAGUGCCAGUGAUGCCACCUCUUUUCCUAACUUUCUGUAUGUUGAGAAGCAUUAGGGCCUCUGUCAUCCUCGGGGUCUCCAGCAUCCUCAGGGUCUCUCCAGUGGGGGUUUUCCCAUGAAAAAUGAGGUGCCGGCCCUCAAAGAAACUCCUCCUGCACGUGAGACAGUUGCAGAGCCUACCUCUCACACACAUUAGCCAACUUUUAAUAAAGCGGGGGCCCUGGAUGAAGCUCUGCCUGCAGUGCAGGCAUUUCUAAGGUCUCUGCCCUGAGUGGAUCCUCUGCAACUUGAUCGGGCUGGAGCUGUGGUUGAAGCUCUUCUUACACCCGGGAUAGAGAGAAAGGUCCCACUUGGAGGCUGUGGCAAGCAGCCUCAGGAGAGACCCGAGGCUGACCCCUUGGAUUCCGGAGUCGAGGAUACAGGGGGUCUGAAGAACGCUCCAGCUGAAAAGGAGAUGUUAGCCGCGUACGAGAGGGUAAAGGCUGCUUCCGAAGUAGUUGGUACUCAAACGCAGUACUCCUCCUUCCGCUUGAGCACUUGAGCUAGUGCUCAACUGGAUGUGUACAGGAAAGGUUCCCUCCAUCCAUCGUGCUACUGAUGCCGCUUGGAGUAAGUGGGUUGCAUAGAUUACACAAUGAGCCCAAAUGGGGAACCUCAGUCGCCCACAAAUCUUAGAGGUGAUCAUGGACUGGCCUGAGGGCAAAAAGUUUGGAACAUCGCCAGCAGAACAGGUACUGUGCGCUGAAGAGACUCCGGCAUACAACGAAUUACCAGAAAAUGAAAUUAGCCCUCCUCUCUGACGGCUCACGUCGUACCGUGGGGAAGCAUCGCAGAUGGAAAGCUGCUGUGUCGAGCCCUGCGUGACAAGUUGCGGAGGCCACCGAAGGAAAAGGAGAAUCAAGCCAAUUUGCAGAGGUGAAGGUUGUCCAACUGGCUUUAGACGUUGCUGAACAGGAGAGGCGGCCAGUGCGUUGCACUGACUCACGGAUGGUGGCAAAUGCCUUAUGGGAAGGUGGGGGGUGGUGGUUACAGCGGUGAGAACAAAACAAUUGGCAAAGAAGGGGGAGAUCUAUUUGAGCUGCUGAGCUGUGGAAAGAUAUUGCUGCCCGAAUAAAGAAUAUGGUUGUAAAGGCGUGUUCUGUAGAUGCUCGUGUACCAAAGAGUCGGGCUACUGAAGAACAACAAAAUAAUCAUCAGAUAGAUCAAGCCUCUAGACUUAAGGUGUCUCAAAUAGACUUGGACUGGCAACACAAGGGUUAAUUAUAACACAAGGGUAACGGUCCCAUGGAACCUCAGACCAUCAAGGAAGAGGUGCAACAUUUAAGUAGGCUGGGGACUGGGGGCUGACUUAAGUAUGGACGCUAUUGCACGGGUUAUUCCUGACUGUGAAACAUGCACUGCAAUUAAACGAGCCGACAGGAUGAAAACUCUCUGCGGGGAAGGGCAAUGGCAGAAGUAUGAAUAUGGGGAGGCGUGGCAGGUUGAUUCUAUCACCUUGCCACGAUCUCACAACGGUAAGCAUGAGGUGCUUA